GUUUCUGAUUCUUCUUCGACAGCUCUUCUCAUGACAUAAACAUCCAUCCCUGACUAUCUCUUCGACAUCGCCAAUGAUUGGCAAAACCAUUCCCGAGUACAUCUUCAUCCGAGCUGCAAUCACCGCCCUCCGUCUUGUUGUCCCCGUCAGCAUUGUUCACCUUGUGGCUUCUGCAUAUCGUCGUUCUUUUCUUAUUUCUCCGUGGAUAUCCCUCUUUACGAUACCCGAAGCAUUUUUCUACUUGUUUGUGUUUCUUCCUCGAAGGAAGACAUUAGCUAAGCCAGCAUCCCAUGCUCCUCAAAUCCUCACAAAGGACGAACGCCAAAAAUUGUUUGCGCUUUGCUCCAGAACAGUUUUUGAAUUACCCCGAUGGUUUCUCUGCACCAACAUUCUUUCAAUCAAGAGAGAAAAUGUUGUGGAUUGGCUUCUCUGGGCUUUUUUCUCUCACGACGGCAAGAAGGCCGAUGAAAUAGAGCAAUGGAGAAGCGAAAUAGAUGGCUUCAUUUCUGCUCUCGAAGUUAAAGUGCUCGCCGGGAUGAAAUUUGAGGAAGGACGCAACAAGAACAUGGAUUGCAUGCGGCUAACAUUUGACCCAGUCGUGGUGCUGCAUCGGCCGCUAAUUUGGUAUAUUAUCGUGUGCUUCGUGGACACGUACACAGCUGGUCGCUUCGCAUCCCUGGAUUUCCGACACUACGCCCCAAAGAAAUGGUUCCAAGCUUUUCCACCCCGUCCUUUCACCAUUCUUUCACGUGCCUCGCCGGGGCUGCAUCUACCGUACUGGUACCGCCCACAUCGGUCAACAAUCAAGAACCCCGUGAUUUUCAUUCACGGAAUAGGCAUUGGAUUAUACCCGUACAUUCCUUUCUUUCGCGAACUGGUAGCGUCGGAUCCCGAAGUGGGCAUACUGCUCAUCGAAAUCCUGCCUAUCAGUAUGCGCAUGACGUCAAUGCCGGUAUUGCCUCGUCCAGCUAUGCUAGAUGAAUUCUACGCCAUCACAUCAUCGCUGAACAUUACUCGGGCGGCGCUGGCGUCGCACUCUUAUGGAACUGUGGUUGCCGGUCACAUAAUGCGGUCCCAGCAGGCCACUGAAGGCCCGCCGCCGCCGACCAAGAUCACGGCAUACUGUUUUAUCGACCCCAUUCCUUUUCUUUUACACCUUCCUGAUAUUACAUACAAUUUCCUUUAUCGUCCUCCGAAAGAUGCGAACGAGUGGUUGCUUUGGUAUUUUGCUAGUCGGGACGCUGAUGUCGGGCGGACGUUGGCUCGUCAUUUCUUCUGGACCGAAAAUGUACUGUGGAAGGAAGAUUUACAGGGAGAGAACGCUGCCGUGGUGUUAUCCGGAGAAGACCAAAUUGUUCCGACAGCGAAGGUAUGGGAGUAUCUAACGGAACAACCUCAAAUAGAGGAGAGAUGGGUGAAGGAAAAUGGAAAAUUGGAGGUUCUAUACUUCGAUGGUGCGGAUCAUGCGACUGUUUUUGAGAGGAAGACGGCGUGCACUGGUAUGAUUGAAGUCCUUCAGAGAUUGGCUAGGAUAGAUGUUAUAAAUUAGACUUGUAACAUUGUAUACAUGUGUAUUACUCUAGAAAUACGGUGGUAAUAAAAAUUGACACCAUUACAGU